CCUCCGGUGACGACGACGGCACCGUCAAACUGUGGGACUACCGGACCCGGGCUGAAGUGAUGAGCGUCAAACAGUGUGAGGACUACAUCAGUGACCUGAUCUGCGACGACGACCAGCGCUGGCUGGUGGCCUCCUCCGGCGAGGGUACCAUCACCUCCUUCAGUCUCCGCACCCGCCGGGUCCACACCCAGUGUGACAUGUACGAGGCUCCACUCACGUGCAUGACGUUCAUCAAGGAGCAGAAGAAGCUGGCCGUAGGCAUGGCUUCCGACCAGGGAAAGGUGCCUAUCUUCAAGUGGGGACACUUUGGAGAGCACGUGAAUGUGUUCAAAGGACACCCGUCGUCGAUCAACGCUGUGGUGGCUGCCACCGACUCGCUGUUGGUGAUGGCCUAUGACGACGGCCAGAUUCGGGCGUGCAACAUCCUGCCGUACAAGUACUUCGGCGGC